AAGAAUUAAAACGCGUGCUAGACUAAAGAUGAAUCCUGAAGUUUUCCUCGCUGCCAAAAAUGGCGAUAACAAGGGCAUUCAAAAGGUAGACCGCCGACUUCUGCGGGGGUCUACCUUUGAAGGUAAUACUGUCCUGCACAUCGCUGCGAGGGAAGGCCAUUUGGAGCUGGUUAAAUGGAUUCUUCAAAAUGUGAAAGGCCUUUCUGGAGCCCGUAAUGCCGAUUACAAUACGCCGCUGCACGAAGCUGCUAAGCGGGGAAAUGCUGAGAUAACUCGUACUCUUCUCGACUUCAACAAGUCCCCAGCCUCUAAACGGAAUCAGUUUGGAGAGUCAGCUCUUAUAAUAGCUUCGGAGCAUGGUCACGUGGAAGCAGCGAGGUAUUUGGUGGAAGCCACACCGGUAUAUAUCAUUCUCUGGCCAAGGAUUGACCAUCAAACUUGCCUUCAUGUUGCUGCUUACGGAGGGCAUUUAGAGAUAGUAAAGCUGAUACUUGAAAGGAAUAGUUUCUGUGAUAUUUUGCAACUCAUUAUGAUUAUUCGUGAUGUCCACGGUGCCACUCCAUUGCAUUGUGCUGUUCACAAGGGAAAUCAGAAAAUUGUGAGUGAAAUUUUAGAAAAGCAAUUAAAAUCAAGGUUUUGUGUAAAUCGGUUUGUGAAGAGUUUAAUGGAAAAGAAGGAUAAAUCUGGAAGGUGUGCAAUACAUUUAGCAGCAAUCAAGGGCAACCAGGAAAUGAUGGAUGAAUUCUUGUCAAAAAUGCCAGAUUGUCUUGAAAUCCAUAGUGCGGAUCUUAAGACAGCUUUACACUUUGCCGUACAGCACAACCAAUUUGGUAUGGUGAUGAAGUUACUCCCUCAAGACAAGAGAGAAGAAAUGGCAGAACUACUGAGCCAUGACCGAGACAUGUUUGGAAACACAUUGCUACACACUGCAGCCAUCAGGGGAGUGGAUCCAGAGCUUGUAGAAUACCUGUUAACGUUUGUAAAUUUGGACGCCAUCAAUUAUGAAGGACGUAGCGCAUUUGAUAUAGCUGCUGCUGCUGCAACAUCUAAAAAUGAACCCAAGUUAACCAGGAUAAAAAGGAUUUUAGAAGAACACGGAGCAUCAGAAAGUUCCAUAAUAAAUUCACCUUUGAAUCAAAUGGAUUUCAAACAAGAGAGCAAUGUAGGUGAGAAAAUACUUGAUGUGGACACCCUGGUGGCAUCACUCAUUGCCACCAUCACGUUUGCAGCCAUUUUUACUGUACCAGGUGGUAUUGACGAAAAAGAUAGUGGAGUUGCUCAAAUGGCGUUGGAAACUCUUUUUCAAGUGUUCUUGUUCUCUGAUAGCCUUGCCAUGUUUGCCUCUCUCACAGUUGUUAUUGCCUGGUUAUUUCGAGAACGGUUACAAACAAAACUUUUUGCAGAUCAUUCAAUAUUGACCAAGUUAUCAGUUUUGAGCUUGGGAAUUUCCAUAGUCUCUACCGGACUUGCGUUCUUGAGUGCUACCAUCCUGGUCACAGUACCCCGUGAUGAUAUUAACAAUCAUGGUGAAUAUAAACCUUUGUUAUGGGGUGAGAUAUUGACAGCUUUUUCUGCGCCAGCUCUUUCGCUAAUUUUGCUGUCAAUUUUGUGGGCUGUUGAGUAUAAUUUCAAUGCUACACUGGAUAUCCGAGCCCGACUUAGGAUGCAACUCAAAGAAGCUCUCAUCUAUAUAAUCCCACCUUUUGCUGUUGUAUUGGGAAUUAUUAUUGCUUUUGGAUAUAAGCAUUAUAAACAAGCUUAGAAGAGAGAACAUAUUUACCGCUGAGGUAUUGAACUCCACAUUAAAUGGCCUACUGUUAAAGAUUUCAAAUGAUAACCCCAUGCUAUGGGUCUUUGGCAGGUUCUCUGUAAUUUUAUUGAUACCGUCAGUAUGGUGUGUUGUUAUCUUUUUGCUUGUUGCGUUUCCUUGUAUCUAGUUUUCUCAUGUUUAUGUUGCUGUGGCAAUGCAACUUCAUUAUGAUAGCUUAUAACAUUCUAUUUAU